ACCUCGUUAUUGUUGUUCGCGUUUCCCGCAGUCUUGAGUGCUUUUUGGAUAUCCUCCAUUGCAGCUCUCAGCGCCCCGGACCCCCGGUGUCUGAUGUAGGAUCACAGAGGCUCUUUUCUCACACCACACCCAAAGGUGUGCAAGCGAAUGAGAAUCCCGAGUCUAAGACUGCUGGUUCAGCCAAAGUGUCCGUGCUCCACCGCAGCCAAGAGCGGAACAAGAGCGAGGUGCCAUUUGCGCCUCCGCUGCCCAGCCCCACCCCAGCCUCGGCGCCGACGGGCUCCCCAGCCCCCGCUGCUGCAGCGGCGCCCCCGCAGCCUCCUCGAUCUUUCCUCCCGACCCCGCCUCCUCUCGGCGUCAAGAGAGAGCUACAAGCUCCGCCCCCUGUCCCUUCCCCUUCCCUGCUGAGGACACCGCCCCACCUCUUCCCUCCUCACCUGCACUCGCUGCAAGACGCCUGUGUUCAUUCGCCCCCUCAGCACCACGCCCGGCCCGUCAUCAGCCACCAGGUGCACCACCCGCUGCAGUACGGCCUACACGAUCUCAGCCACCGAAGCAGUCCACUUCUUCCUAAACACCACCUGGGACCAUCUCCACACCACCCACUCAGCGGGCUGCCAUCCUCAGCCCCCGCCUUGCCUCUGUCCAUAGCCAACCUCUCUACCUCGCACUAUUCCUCCCUACGGAGCCCGGCACAUCGCCAUUCGGCCAUGUUUGCAACCCCGGCGACUCUGCCUCCACCGCCGACCUUACCUACCAACAGCUUAGUGGUCCCGGGGCACCCUGGGGGUACCCCCUACCCAGAGCAUGACCUCCUAAGGCAGGAGCUGAACAACCGUUUCCUGGUUCAGAGUUCAGAGCGGGGCCGGGGGCCGCCCGCCUCGCCGCUGGCCCCCGUGUCGCUCCUGAGGGCUGAGUUUCACCAACACCAGCACAUGCACCAGCACCAACACACCCACCAGCACACCUUUACGCCCUUCCCCGCCGGUCUGCCCCCGCCCACCGCACCUCCCGUGGUGCGUACCCAGGCCAGAAAUUUCGACAAAUACACUCCCAAACUCGACAAUCCGUUCAUCAGACAUCAUUCAAAUUUCUUCCCCUCCUACCCCCCUACCAUGCCAGGCAUGCCCCCACUGCUCCCACACUCAGGACCCUUCAGCUCACUGCAAGGAGCCUUCCAGCCCAAGGCAUCCAAUCCCAUUGACGUCGGAUCACGGCCCGGAGCGGUGCCUCACACCCUCCUUCAGAAGGAUCCUCGAAUAACGGAUCCAUUCCGGACAAACGUUCGAAAACCUGGCAAGUGGUGUGCAGUGCAUGUCCAGAUCGCGUGGCAGAUCUACCACCACCAGCAGAAAAUGAAGCAAAUGCAGCUGGACCCCCACAAGCUGGACAUGAAUGGGAAGCUAGACCUGUUCAGCCGGCCCCCAGCUCCGGGCGUCUUCCCGGGCUUCCCGUACCCCCACGACCUCGCACGACCACUCUUCUCAACAGGCUCAGGCCAUCCAACCCCCUCUCCAUAUGGACCCGCCCCCCACCCCAGUGGUUUCCUGCCUCCUAGCCAUUUGGCUGGUAAGUAUCCUUUCAGUCGCUCCAGUUCCUUUGGCGGCCUGGGCAACCUUUCAAGCAGUGCCUUCGGAGGAUUAGGCAACCCCUCGCUUGGGUCCAGCGGCAUGUUUGGCAACAAGGAGGGUCCCGGAGGACUGCCCCCGUUUGGCAGCCCGCAACACGACACCUGGAACAGGCUCCGACGCACGCCGCCGUCUUUCCCCACGCCGCCGCAGUGGCCCAAGAUUGCGGAGGCUGAGAGGAGCAGCUCCGUCAACAGCCACGAGCGAGAGAGGGAACGGGAGCGAGAGAAGAGAGACUCGUCUGUGGGAAAAGAGGAGAAGGAUAAAGACAGGGAUUCCGUGGAACGCAACCGCCACUCCAACCGCUCGUCUCCGGCCUCUGCCCCGGUCAGCUACCAGAUCAGCAGCUUGAUCCGCUCCAACAGCCAGAGCAGUGACCCGGGACGCCAUCACAGCGGCAGCGUGGAUCGGGUACGCGAGGCGGAGAAGGAGCUCCUGGAACGCCACCGGGACUCCUCCGCCGUGGCCGACGUCAAGAUCAAGGAGAGCCGCUCGCCCGGCAAGGAGAUGCUGGACCGGAGAUCUUCCGAGGACUCCAUCAAAGCGGCUCAACGUUCUCCGUCGCCGUACUCGCUGAAGGCGGCGAUCACUGAGCAGAGUCUGAAGAUGGCGGGAGGGCCUCCGCCGACGCUGAAAGACGGUGAGAGGAAGGAGCCCCCGACUGGGGAGCAACUCCACAAGGUGAAAAAUGACAUGAAGAUCAAGGAGGAGAAGAAGGAGGAGCAGGAGGUCAUGGUGGUGAGUUCCGAGCCCCCCACCCAACCGCCGCCCCAGAUGCACUCCUUGCCCAUGGGCCAGCCCGGGAACCCACACCACCACCACCCUCCCUUGUCCCAGCAGCCUCCUCUGCCGUCCCCACGCUGCACCGACAUGUCCGCCCACGGUCUGCACGGCGUCCCCAUGGCGCACUCGCUGCCCCUGUCCAUGAGCGCCAUGCCUCAGAUGGGCAGCCUCAACGUCCUGGACCGGGCCCGCAUGGCUCCCUUCAUGGGCGUGAGUCCGCUGGCGGGCAGGGAGCGCCUCCCCCACCACGCCUUCCCUUGGGACCCUCUCCGAGAGGCCUACCGCAGCCUGGACCUGCAGCGGCGCAUGGACUUCCAGCUCCGGGCGGAGCAGGGACAUCGCUACCCCAGCAUGUACGAGCAGGAGCGGGCGUACCGCGAGAGGGAGGCGCACGACUACUCCCACCACGAACACCUGCUGGAGGUGCGGCGGGAGCACGAGAGGAUGAGGCAGCAGGCGGAGGAGCGAGAGCGCCAGCACCUGCGGGAGGAGCUGGACCGGGCGCGGCUCCAUCAGCUCCACCAAUCCCCGAUGGAGGGCCACCUGCCUCACAUGCCUCCGUUCAUGCCCCACCUCGGGGGCAUGCCCUACCCCAGACUCAGCCCCUCCACCGGGCACAACGGCCUUCUGAACAGAACACCCCCGACCGCCGCCCUCAGCGCCCCCCCGCCGCUCGUGCCGGCCGGCAGCGCCAGGUCGGCCUCCCCCAGGAGGACUACCCCCCUCACCGCCACCCAGGACCCGCGGGACUACUCGCCGUCUCGCAACCCCAAAGAGGUAGAGGCGCGGUAGCUCGGCGGAUGGAAAUUGUCCUCGGAAAGAAAAAUGCACUCCUCUUCCCCUGAAGGGUAUGAUUGUACAAAGUGUCUGACGAAGCACACGCCAUGGAAUAUUUUUAGCUGGUUUGAGUACGAGAACAAUUGAAGGUGUCUGUUUAUAUCGCCCCCCUAAAUAUUUGAUAACUAUUAAUAUAUUCAUCAAAUAACUUUUUUCCAGUUCGGAGUGAAGAAAGAGCAGGUUUGUACAUUUGCUAGCCUCCGUGUAAAGAUGUCAUUUCUAUGAAUUUGAUGUCAUUUGUGCAUUUUGGUCACAACACCCGCGCCCGUGGAUUGUGGUCACCUUCACCCCGACACCCGGUAAAAGACUGCACCGUCAAGUACCGCAUUUUUCGGAGUAUAAGUCGCACCGGCCGGAAAUGCAUACCGUAUUUUUCGGACUAUAAGUCGCAGUUUUUUUCAUAGUUUGGCCGGUGGGUGCGACUUAUACUCAGGAGCGACUUAUGUGCGAAAUGAUUAACACAUUAGCGUAAAAUAUCAAAUACUAUUAUUCACGUAAGAGAUUAGACGUAUAAGAUUUCAUGGGAUUUAGCGAUUAGGAGUGACAGAUUGUUUGGUAAACGAAUAGC